AUGGCUCGUACAAAGCAAACAGCUCGAAAAUCAACCGGCGGCAAGGCUCCCCGGAAGCAGCUAGCAACAAAGGCCGCUAGGAAAUCAGCUCCGGCAACCGGCGGAGUGAAGAAGCCACACAGAUUCAGGCCAGGAACAGUUGCCUUGAGAGAGAUCCGUAAGUACCAGAAGAGCACCGAGCUUCUGAUCCGAAAACUUCCUUUCCAGCGUCUUGUUCGUGAAAUCGCUCAAGAUUUUAAAACGGACCUGAGGUUCCAGAGCAGUGCUGUUUCGGCUCUUCAAGAAGCUGCUGAGUCUUACUUGGUUGGACUGUUUGAAGAUACAAAUCUGUGCGCAAUUCAUGCUAAGAGAGUUACCAUCAUGCCUAAGGACAUUCAACUUGCAAGAAGAAUCAGAGGCGAAAGAGCUUAG